GCGAUGAGUAUUCGUGCUGUUUGGGUUGUAAAUCUAAAUGGUGACCGAGAAGUACUGUUUUCGAGGUAUUAAACAUUACAGAUUGCAAAUGAAUAUUUUAAUCGUGUACAUGAUGACAAGGCGAUAUCCAACGGUGGAACGUCGAGCAAAGACGAGCACUGCCUACCAUCCAUUACCGUCCGACCCAGAGUGGUUAGACGCCAUUCUUAUGGAGUGCGGGGAGACUUAUCAUGGAGAUGAGAUGCAGUUUGUUGAAGAGCGGGACACAUGUGACAAGUCGGUGAGAAAGCCAGUUUAUGAGCUUUUUAACGGAAAGCAGUGGCCACUUGUGGUCUUGGAAAAGUACGGUCUUCUUUUCUGCUGCUUGCCCCUCUUAGAAUCUAGUAGUUCAAACAAGAGACCAUCCUUAGUUGAAUUACCUGGCGUUUCAGUUGGAUUUGAUUUGCUAGAGCAGUUGGCAGAAUUUCUUGGUCCCCAGGCAGCAGUUCUUGGCACAACUUCUGUAAAAUUGAGAGACUUGUAUAAUUAUCUAAACAUUGCUGCACCGUUUGGAAGUCCAAUUGACAGCAAUCCCCACACAAUCAAAUCGGUUCUUCAGACAAAACUGCCACCUUGGACUUUAAAACAAAAGCAACCAGCAUGGAAGCCAUUCUUGUACAAGGGAAGUCCGAAGCUACACUUUUUAAUCAAAGAACAGAUUUGGGCCGUACAGUAUGACAACAAGACUACACCAGAUGUGUGGGAAAUUGCAGGUACCAUCAUGUGCAAGGCUGAGCUUGAGGGUUUACCCGAUGUGUCUGUUAUUAUCACUGUUCCAGAUGAGGGAUCUCCACUUGAUCAUAUUGUUGUUCAUCCUUGUGUCCAGUCUGGUGACACUGAAGAACCUCCACUGCUGGCCCAAUCAUUGAGUGAGUCUCUUGCUGCUGCUGCAGCUUCUAACUCAGCAGCAUUGAAGAGUCGUAAGCUGAAGUUUUCUCCGCCGUUGGAGAGUUUUGUAUUAUGUCAAUAUAUGGCAUCCUCAGUUCCACAUUUGCCUAUCCGAGGUUUCUAUCAAAUGAAGGGAGAACGGGUAGUGAAGUUAUUGAUUCAACUGAAACUGAGCGACAAAGUAAAAAAUCAGUUUGAAUACUGCGAAGUACACAUACCAUUUUUCAACAGAGGUCCCAUCAUUAAUGCUGAUGUCUCCCCAACAUCAGCCAUUGUCACUCCUUCAACAGACAAGAAAGCAAUGAUAUGGAACAUCGGAAACAAAUUCCCAUCAAAGUCUUUAGAAAUGUCGAUGAAUGCUACUGUAUACUUUGGUGACCAGCCACCUGACCAGAUCUCUUCUGCUGUAGAUGCCUUUUGUGUGGGGCUAAAUGCAUACAUUGAGAUUCGUUUCAAGAUGGCAGACUUCACUAUUAGUGGAUGCAACAUAGAUCAACGUUCGGUCACAGCGUAUCCUAACGUUAAACCCAAAUUAACCACAGUACGUGAGUUCUGCAGCACAACGUUUAGAAUAUGGAACUCCCAUGGAGACGCACUUAUGGCGUUACCUUUCUCUCAAGCUACUACAUGACGAAUAUCCGAAAUAUAAUGGGUGGCUGCUGCGUACACGUUCAAACACAUACAAAACUUGGUGUCACCCAACCAUCAAUAUUCAUCUACUCUAGUUCCAUUAUUGUGUAUUGCUCUCUAUUCAACAAGCGCUACGUCUUCAGACUACGUUUUGUACUUUCUUCUAUGAAGGUUACUAAUUAUUCGACAGAUUGAUUGAUCUGUUAUUAUAUAUAUAGACGAAACUGCUAUUGAGUUGUGUAAGGAUUGUUGUUGAUUUAGUCAUUUGGAGCACAACAACUUAACAGAAUUUUUGGUU